GGGAGGAGAGGCUGAUGUGACCCAGUCCGAGGAGAAACUGCGAGUUUCACUAGUUCCACGUGUUUCUGAUGCUUCGCUGUGAACAUGUCUGCAAGAGAGAGAAGAGGAGGGAGGUGAUGAAGAAGAGUCUCAGUCUGUGGAGCGAUCUGAGGAAGCCACUUCUAUAGAAACAGUUUUCACCACCAACCCUCAGGAACAGUCAGAGAGAAGACAGGAUUCAUUUGGAGAGAUGUCAGACGUUAACACAGCAGAAGAGGAGGGCGGCGCGUUCUCCUCAAAGAUCAUCAAAGUGGUGUUUGUCAUCCUGCUGCUGGACCUGCUGGGAUUCACCCUGAUUCUACCUCUGCUGCCGUCCAUUCUGGAUCACUACGCACAAACAGGGGAUGUUGUGUACCAGUCUCUGCAGAGCGUUGUGGACUGGUUCAGGGACGUGGUUGGGAUUCCUAUGGAAAAGAAAUACAACAGUGUCCUGUUUGGAGGUCUGAUCGGAUCCCUGUUUUCGCUGCUGCAGUUCCUGUCAUCACCUUUAACAGGCGCUCUCUCAGACCGUCAUGGCAGACGACCCCUGCUCAUACUUACCACACUGGGGCUGAUCUCCUCCUAUGCCGUGUGGGCAGUUUCCCGGAGCUUCAGCAUGUUCCUUUUGUUCCGGGUUAUUGGAGGAAUCUGCAAGGGCAACGUCAGCCUCUGCACCGCCAUCGUAGCCGACUUGCCUUGCCCCAAAGCCCGAAACAGAGGAAUGGCCAUGAUUGGUGUCGCCUUCUCCUUGGGCUUCACCGUGGGGCCUCUGAUGGGCGCCUACUUCGCCCUCAGGUCCAGAACCACAGGAAGUGUCUUCUACCUCGCUCCAGCUCUGCUCGCCGUGGCCUUCAGUGUUGCUGAUUUGCUCUUUAUCUGGCUCAUGCUGCCCGAGACGCUCAAGAAGGACGUCAAGGCUUCGUCUUCAGGGCUCGGGGACUCCAGGAACCUCCUGAACCCAUUGUCAUUGUUCCGUUUUUCAGCUGUUACCCAGACAAAAGAUCCCCCUUCAAAAGAGAGAAUGCAGAGGCUUCAAGUGUUGGGCCUCGUUUACUUCUGCUACCUCUUCCUGUUCUCUGGUCUGGAGUUCACGCUGAGUUUUCUGACUCACCAGCGCUUCCAGUUCACAAGUAUGCAGCAGGGAAAGAUGUUCUUCUUCAUUGGUGUCAUCAUGGCUUUGAUUCAGGGGGGAUACGCUCGUAGAAUUAAACCCGGGCAACAUAUCAAAGCAGUCCGUGUGGCAAUAAUCACACUAAUUCCAGCAUUUAUCCUCAUCGGGUUAUCAUGGAAUAUGAUAAUGCUGUACGUGGGCUUGGCGUUCUACGCGUUUGCGGCUGCGAUAGUAGUUCCCUGUUUGUCGACACUUGUUUCUGACCACGGCUCAGCCAGUCAGAAAGGCACAGUGAUGGGGAUCCUGCGUAGUUUGGGAGCCUUGGCCAGAGCUUUGGGACCAGUCGUAUCAUCGUCUGUUUACUGGAUAUCUGGAGCACAAACCUGUUUCCUCAUCACGUCAGCCUCUUUCAUCGUCCCACUCGUUCUCCUGAGCAGAGCCGCGAGGCAGAAGGAGGAGUGAGCAGCAAAAAGACUUUCAAAAGAUGUGAUUGCAGAGACAUCCUCGUGUUUUGCUGCCUAAACGAAUGUAAUGAUGUUUACACCUGCUGGGAGAUCAAUCACUAAGUUAUUACUUCAUGAGGAGAUGUUCGGUACACCUGCUACGCUGCUGCCCAAGAAUCAGUACACGAAAUACAAUAAUGCAAGAAGAUGAUGCAAGAGCCAAAACCAAAGGGGAGACCAGAGCGAGGGAGGUCGCUCAUUAACUGAGAAAUUAAUGGACAUUAUGCUUUUUACUGUAUGUGCUCAUGUAGACCUGUGAAUAUUAUGCACUGCUUGAGCCAGGGUGUCAAAUAUAUAGAUAAUUUUAUAUAAUACUAAGGGAUUGUAUGAAAAGCUUCUUGGUACUGCGACUUAACUGAAGUGGCAGAAAGUAAUUUAGCGCAUUUACUCAAGCACAAAUGUUGAUGUACUUUAUUUUAGUAUUUCCAUUUUAUAAAAAAAAUAUCUACUACAUGUAUAUAUAUUUUACUUCAUAACAUGUUGAGUGCCAAAGUUUGCAUUAGAGAUUAUGAUUUAGCUAUAGAAUAUUGUGCAUUUUUAUAAAGUGAAAUGUACAAGUGAGUAAAAAUG